AGGCCCGCUCUCCCACCCCGGGAUCCUCCUGUCGCCCUCUUCCCCUCUCUGCAUUUUCCCCCCGGUGAGGGCGAGGGGAGGAUUUUGAGGCAGUUUUGGCAGGUGAAGGUUCCCAGGGCGUUGGGACCAUCCCCGCUGGCUCCAGUGGCCGCCGGGCUCGGUGUAAACAGCAGCUCCAGCAGCGCCCGAGCCUGUGAGAAGCGCACGGGGGGUGAGCUUGUCGGUGGGAAUGAGGAUAAUUAACCCAGGGAUUGCUCAGCUGAGUUGGCUUUGAAGAUUAUGGACCAGACUGUGAUAGCAUGAGGAUAACAGCAUUCUUGGAUAUUCCUGGGCAGGAUAACUUAACUCCACUGGCUCGUCUAGAGAAAUAUGCCUUCAGUGAUAAUGUAUUUAACAGGCAAAUUAUUGCCAGGGGUCUUCUGGAUGUCUUUCGAGAUUUCAGUAACAAUGAAGAAGACUUUCUGACUGUAAUGGAAAUAGUGGUCAGGCUCUCUGAAGAUGCAGAGCCAACUGUUCGCACAGAGCUGAUGGAGCAGAUACCUCCUAUUGCCAUUUUUCUACAAGAAAGUCGACCAAAAUUCCCAACAGCAUUUUUUGAAUACCUUAUGCCCAUAGUAGUGAGGUACCUCACAGAUGUCAACAAUCAGGUCAGAAAGGCAGGCCAGGAAGCACUGCUGAUACUGCUGGAACAAGACCUUGUGGCUCAGAGUGACAUUGAAAAUAAGGUGUGUCCAAUUCUGCUGGACCUCUCUGCUCCUGACAGUGAUGAUGAGUACAAGGUGGAAGCUGUCAAUAUAAUCUGUAAAAUAGCUUCUAUGCUGAGCAGAACAACAGUUGAGCACAUGCUGCUUCCUCGUUUCUGUGAACUCUGCAGUGAUGGGAAGUUGUUUCAAGUCCGAAAGAUUUGUGCAGCUAAUUUUGGUGACAUUUGUAAUGCAGUUGGGCAAGAAGCCACUGAAAGACUGCUGAUUCCCAAGUUCUUUGAGCUGUGUUCUGACAGUGUGUGGGGAAUGAGGAAGGCCUGUGCUGAGUGCUUUAUGGCAGUGUCUUACACCACUUCCCCCGAGGUUCGCAGGAGCAAACUGUCCCCACUGUUCAUCAGCCUGAUCAGUGACACCUGCAGAUGGGUUCGUCAGGCUGCUUUUCAGUCUCUUGGCCCAUUUAUUUCUACCUUUGCAAACCCUUCAAGUGCUGGUCUUUACAUUCGAGAGGAUGGGACGCUGAGUAUCCGACCAUCAGCUCAAGAUGGAAAUUCCAAUUCCUGUCAGCCAAGCAACAAUAUCACUGUGAUGUCUUCCAGUGCAAAUGCUGUGUUGCCCAGCCCGGAACAGCCAAUGGAAAUCAAACCAGAAUCAUCAACUGAGGAGACUUCAACAGGACUUCAUACAAAGCUCUCUGAGGACCUAAAUAAAAAUCCACGGGAAGAAAGUUCAGAUUGUUGUGCCAGCCCUGGAGAUGUGCCUCGCUUGUGUCAGGGUGACAGAACUGCUGCUGGUGGCACUGAAGCCACGAAGGAGAGCAGUUUUCCAGGGCUGAGCUCGGGGCUGCCGUGUGCCGAGGACGUGUUUAACACAUUCCUGUACUGGCGCCCUCCUCUGCCCGACAUAAGUCAGGACCUGGAACUGCUGCAGUUCAAGGCUGAGAAGCACAACGAUGCCUGCUCUGUGCCAUGCAAUAACUGUGUUGCUAGCAGUGAAAUAAAAAAGGUUCUAGAAAGCUUACAGGAGCAUAUUGAUGAUCCAGAUGUUCAAGCUCAGGUCCAAGUGUUGUCUGCUGCUCUCAGAGCUGCUCAGUUUGAUUCUGUUGGUGACUGUGAGACCAAAAAAAUGGAAGAAAGCAGUGACAAUCUUCAGAACAAAAUGAUUUUGGAUGAAACAGCUAUUUCAGAUGCUGCCUGCAACCAGGUGCAGGGGGACACUGUUUCAUCCCCUGCCUCUCAGGAUGACAUCAGUGACCAGUCAAAUACCAGUGUGCUGAAAAGCAUGGACUCAGAGGAACAACACAGAGGAACCAGUGUAUUUUCGAGGAAAGAGCAAGAAAAUAAUCCACCAUUUGAAGAUGACAAGUCAAAAUUACAGGACAUCAUCCCUCAGCCUUUGCUGGACCAGUACCUGUCCAUGACUGACCCUGCUCGGGCCCAGACUGUUGACACUGAGAUUGCCAAGCACUGUGCUUACAGCCUGCCUGGGGUGGCCCUGACUCUGGGCAGGCAGAACUGGCACUGCCUCAAGGACACCUAUGAGACAUUGGCUUCAGAUGUACAGUGGAAGGUGCGGCGCACUCUGGCCUUCUCCAUCCACGAGCUGGCAGUGAUCCUGGGGGAUCAGCUAACAGCUGCUGACCUGGUGCCCAUUUUCAAUGGCUUCUUGAAAGAUCUGGAUGAAGUGCGUAUUGGUGUCCUCAAACAUCUGUAUGACUUUCUGAAGCUACUUCAUGCAGACAAAAGGCGAGAGUAUCUUUACCAGCUGCAAGAAUUUGUGGUGACUGAUAACAGCAGGAACUGGAGGUUUCGUUACGAGCUGGCAGAGCAGCUGAUCCUGAUCCUGGAGCUCUACAAUCCCAAUGAUGUCUAUGACUACUUAAGGCACAUUGCACUAACUCUGUGCUCCGAUAAAGUUUCAGAAGUUCGGUGGAUCUCCUUCAAACUGGUUGUAGCCAUCCUACAGAAGUUCUAUGCAAACAGUGCCAAUGCCCUGGGAUUAAAUUUCAUCAACGAGCUCGUAGUGCGGUUUCGCCACUGCUCCAAGUGGGUUGGGAGACAAGCCUUUGCCUUCAUUUGUCAGGCUGUAGUACAAGAGGAGUGUAUGCCUGUGGAGCAGUUUGUUGAACAUUUACUCCCCAGCCUUCUAAGCCUUGCAUCGGAUCCCGUGCCCAACGUCAGGGUCCUGCUGGCCAAGGCUCUGAGGCAGACCCUGCUGGAGAAAGCUUAUUUUAAAAGUGUUGGCAAUCCUCAUCUAGAAGCUGCAGAAGAGACCAUUCUAGCCCUGCAAUCUGACAGAGAUCAAGAUGUGUCUUUCUUUGCCACCAUAAAACUGAAACAGAAUAACAUGGACAAUAUAAUAAUUGAAAAACAAAACUAAGGGGUUGUUCUGCAGUCAAGGCUGAACAGCAGGAUGGUUUUUCACCUUGUUUCUGUUAGUGUGAGUAAUGAGGACAGUUAAGAUGGGUUUUGUUACCUAUUUGAGCAGGAAGGGGGGUGUUGAGAAAUGUUGCAGUUUUCAUUUCAUGACCUCGUUUCAUCUACAGCGGUGUGUUUAAUUCCUGUGAGUAAUUCCUUCCUUUUGGUUUUCCCUUUGUAAAUAGAGGUGAUAACUCUGAUCUCACCUGCACUUCAGUACUGUCUGUAAAGUCUUACACUACACUCAGUGUUUCAGCAUAAUUGGAAUUUACAUUUCAUUUAUUUAACAAAAUAUUUCCGUUAGUAUAGGUUUGCUAUAAGCUUAAAAAGGUUGCUAAAUCUUAAAACCUCAUUUUAGCAAACCUUCCUGAAGCUGUUCUUUCCUCACUUUUAGUAUAAUCUUUCUACUGUUCCACCUAUUGCAUUUAUUUGAAAAAAGGUGUAUAUAUGUGAAUAGUUUUGAAUUGUAACAAAAAAUUAUGAAGAACUUAAUUCUGUAUCAGUGGAAAAAGCUCAAAAUGAUUAAGUAGUUACACUGCUAGAAUUAAGCAUGGGUCAUUUUAUGCGUGAUAUUUUUCAAGGCACAGAGAGCUCAAGAGUCUUUGUAUAUUGUGAGGUUUCUAUUAAUUUGUUCCUUCUGAGCUAUACCCUUACAGUGUUAAGAGGUCAUUACAACAUUUCUGACUGCCCUUACAGGUGUUCACAGGUCAAUUUUUGUUGCUGCUGCCUCUCCCAGGAGCAGGCAGACUGGAGAUUUCCUAAGUGGAAAAUUCCUUGUUCUGCCCCAGCAAAGGUCAGUUGGGUUGAGAGAUUCAGCUCUGCAAGAGGAGCUGGAGCUGUACAAGAGUGUUACAGAGAGUUAUAGGCUUGAGUCUUUGUUUUACAUGCACACCUCAUUUAACAAACACCUUUUAACCUGCCCAGCUUUUCCUAAGAAACAAAGGAGCUCUAAAUUCUGCAAAACCCCAGUGCAGAAAUGUUCCAGGGAAAGGAGGUGCCACAGUUUGCUCUGCAGCCUCAGUGGGUUGUGUGGCAAGGUCUGGGGCAAACACUAAGUGAGACAUGUAAGGGGAAGUGGGAAUUCCCCUGUCUGUUGGAACAGGGCUUGGAAGAAAGAGCAGAAUCAUGUUAGUCAAAUUGAGUAGCCUCAGAAAAAUUAUAAAGCUUAUACUUCUGCUAGAUCCUGUCUUUUCUUGGAUCCCAAAUCUGCAAUGAUGUGGGCCCUAGGAAAAAAAAUAGUAUUUUUUAAAAUCAUGGAUUAAACUUUGUUCUGCUCAAAAACUAAUGCUUAAACACUAAAGAAAUGGUUUCAUGUGAUAAGUUACUUUCUUUCUGAGAGCAGUCCUUUCUCCUCAGCAGACCUGUGUAAAUACUUGUCCUUAUUUCGUGUUCCAUAAUAAUAGUUCACGUGGGGGAAGAUUUUCACAGAAAUACCCGUUUUGGUUUUGUUUGAAUGUGGCUUGUCUGCAAUACAGUGAGUAGGUUCCUCAGCUGGGUUCUGUAUUUUGGGAGGGCUCACUUUUCUAUGAGUUAACCAGUCAUGUAUUAUAAUAUGUACAGUAUUUGUAACAAAUUCUUUUCUUGUAAGAUCACAAAAUGCUCUUGGAAGUUGUAGGCAGAAAUACACCACUGCUAGUGCAGCAAACAGUGUAAACUCUGCAACAUUCUACAUUUAAUUUUUUUACAGUUUUUUUUAUAAUUUAAAACAAAUGCUUCUUCAGUACAGACUUUUUAUGAUUGCAAUUUCUUAACAAAAAGAUCCCUCAAGUUAUUUUUUUCUAGUUCUAAUAUCUUUUUCUAAUGCUGGCAUUAUACUGGUAUUUUCUAACAGUUCAGAUUUUCUAAGGCCUUUCUGACAAGGUUUCACUUCUGUUUUUUAUCAGUUCAUUAAAUUUCUCAGCACUGAACAGAUUUUUUUAAGUGUGUGUAUAUGUAAGUAUGUUUGAAAUAAAUAUCCUGUAUAUAAACUAAAUACCUUGAACAUUAACCCAACCCAGGUUGCUGUUUGUCAGAUCACUCCAAUAGCUACCUUGACUUGCAAUAAUCACUGGAAAACACAAGCUUCCAUAGGUUUGAGCAUGUUUGGUUAGUGUUCAGUAGGAUUUUAUAACUAGGAUGUGUGUAAAGGGUAAGCCACCAGAUAUAAAAGUUCACUAAAAGGCUGAACAGAGUUCUUGGUUUUUUAACAAUAUUUUGGUAUCUCUCUGGCUCCCAAAUUCAGGUGGGUUUUAAAAGAGGCAAUUUCAGUUGAGCAUUUAAAACCUCCUGUUACAACUCCACAGCUGCAUGUCCUAAUGAGGGCCAGCAUAGUUCUGGGAUGGGUUUUUGUAGACAACGUGAAGGUCUGUUACCCAGAUUUACCCUCUGCAAGUUUAUCUUUUUGGUUUAGUUUGAAACUAGAAAUGAUUUCAGCAUGACUAAAGGUUGCACUUUAAGUCUUGUCCUAGACAAAUGUAUGCAAUGAGUGUGUUCAUGUGCAGUUCUCUGGGUUGUUUAAAUUAUGCAAAAAUACAUAUUUAAAAAGCCAGGUGAAGCAAAGUUAGGUAGUCCAUCCACUUUCACAGCAGCAGUAAGAAUAUCACUUUUCAGCAUUUCUAGCUAAGGAAUGUGACAAUAACAGUAGUUGGUGCAAUAUUGCUGGGAUGCUGUAGGGAAUGAUCCAGCACCUGUAAUCCAAAGUGUGUUGGUCAUGUUGCUUAGGUUUGAGCCUCACUGGUGGGAUGAGCACAUGGCAGCUGUGUCAGUACAUGGUGGGGACACUCUGGAAGUGUCAUUCAUUUGUCAGAAUAAAGAAUCUAUGUAACUUUCUAUUUGUAUUUAUCUCAAUAAAUCCUGUGACUGUUUUAUAAACCAACUUCUGGUAACUGAUUUUUGUUAUGGUGAGAUGUGAGUGCAUUUCUUAGUUAAUGAAAUCUGUCCCAGGUGUAAACACUGUUGGCUGUCAGAUCAGGGCUGAAAGUGGAAUUCUUCAUGCUGUGUAGUAAAAGAUAAUCUUUAAAAUGUGCCAUCAAUUGCUGGACCUUCCCCUACCUGUGGGCAUCAUGGUACUCAAAGGGAAGCCUCCUUCCAGGCUCAGGUAGCACCUGAGCAGAGUUUUGUAUUCUUGGCAGCCUCACGCCAUGGCUGGUCUUGUCUUACUUGUGAAAUGUAGUCUACUGCACAUCUCCCUGUGGAAGCUGAAUUUAGGAAGUUGGGAGCAGAGAUCUGUCCUUGCUUUGGCAUUGCACAAACAACUUUUUAGCUCAGGGAAUUUUUAAGGAGAAAGAGAAGCUGUUGUUACACCUGUUCCAUAUUUAUCAAUAGACACCAGAGGCUCAGAACAUGUGGCAGUUGUUAUAUUCACUUCUUAAAGUGAACCAAAUGAACAGAAAUUCUUAAAUGCCAGAGUACAAUACAGCUUAUAAAGCCCAACAGACAUCAGGAAACUGGUGCUGAUUGGGCUCUUACAUGUUUUCCUCUGGCUUAGGAAAGAGAAUUGUAGUCAGCUUGCAAUCUCCCUGACAUUGUUCCUGAUGGAAGCAGACAAAAAGUACCAAUGAAACAGAAAGGCUGCAAUUUAGUUAAUUUAUGCAAAACACAAUCAGCAUUCAAACUGGGAGUUACCAAGCAGAAAUGUAUUGACAGAAAAGCCAAAAUACUCUGUGCAUAAAUUGUGAAAUAUUAAAACAGGAUUUCAAAGAGACUCCUGGAAUUCACAUAACUCUAGGCUAGGGGAGAUUCAGGAGAGGGAAUUUUGUCAUGUCAAAUUCAUGAGGAGGGGCAGAGGGGCUGUGAUUUAUUCCCCAGCACUCAGGCAGUCUCUCCAUGUGCUGUAAACCAGCUCUGCUGUGGCACAAGAGCUUGGAGCAGUAAAGAAAAAUAGAAACAGCUUUUUCAGAAGAGUGAUUAGCAGGGAGGGUGAUGAUGGCUGCUAAGGAUUCAUGGUAGGGAGAGGGAAGAGCAGUGAGGAGGUGGCAAAGGACUGAGAGAAAUGGAACUGCAGAUGAGCUGGGACACACAAUUCCAAAGGUGGUCUGUCUGCAGCAGAACCCAAGUCACACACUUUCUCUGCCUUCACUUUCUGAAUUUGCAGUGUUGUUGGGUUGUAACCACCGUGUUCAAAGGCAAGCAGAAGCCAGCAGUGAGCUGUGCCUGAGGAUCUGCUGACCAGUAAGGUUUUGGGAGGAUGGUGGUUUGCAGAGGGGAGCCAAAAGUUAUUAAUUUCCUACUCUGCUUCCAGCAGCCUGUUUAGGUUGGUUUGAUGCCUAAGCCAGGCUGCAAUUGAGGUUUGUGCUUUGGUUUCCCUUUAAGUUCCAGUUCCCUGUACACUGUUCUGUUUGCAGCAUUUGCUUGACAUGACUGUCUGGUGUGGGUUGCUGGUGUUUUUUUGGAAUUCCUGUGUGUACAGGAGCUAAUAAAGGAACUGUCAGCUCAGAAAGCACAUAAA